CAAAAAGAAAGACUAAGACUAAACAGCUAGCUGUGUGUGUGUUUCUUUUUCUCAAUGUCUCCUGCAGCUUCCUCUAGGUGGUGUCCAACACCGGAACAACUUAUGAUCUUAGAAGAGAUGUAUAGAAGUGGGAUUAGAACUCCAAAUGCCUCUCAAAUCCAAAAAAUCACUUCCCACCUCUCUUUCUAUGGCAAGAUCGAAGGCAAGAACGUUUUCUAUUGGUUUCAAAACCACAAGGCAAGAGACAGACAAAAGCUCAGGAGGAAACUUACCAAGCAACUACAGCUACAACAACAACUUUACCAUCAGCAUCAUCAUCACCAGCUGCAACAAAACCAUCCUAACCACCACUUCCUUCACUACUUCGAUUCUCCUGGCUCCCCAGCUUUUCAACAUCUUUCAUACUUUAACUCAGCCACUCUUUUUCCUCAGGUAGGGGUUCAUGAGGAUGCAGCGGCAAAGCAAGUGAUGAACUACACGUGGAAGUUUGACAUCCCAGAAAGAGUGGACAACAUGGAUAAGGCCAGGAUGAGAAUGUACGGCGGUGAUUGGUUGAUGAUGGUUGAUCUGGAUUCCCCAUUAUCAUCACCAUGCUACAGUACAGCCACCAGGCCACCCCUUAAAACCCUUGAACUUUUCCCAGUCACAGCUUCAAAUCUCAAGGAAGAGUGCAACUCUUCCAAGCAUCUUUCUUGUAUCAGUACUACUUCUACUACUCCUAACCCCACACCGGAUAUACCCCUAAACCUUCCCUUAACCCCCUCAGAAAAUAAACCCCAGGCUCUCUCUCUGUCUGCCUAGGUUAUAGUAACUUAUUGUAACUAGGCUUUCAGUUUUUUUUUUAAAUUUUAUUUUUUAUCUGGCUGUAAUUUUUGUUUUCUUGGGGUUUCUGUGAUGUAUGUGUGGUAAUUUUUAGGCUCUUAGAAUGAGAAAGAUCUAAACUGUCUAGGGAGUAAUGCUACUGCUCCUCUCUUACUAUUACUACUACUUUUUCUUUUUUUUUUUACCUAUCAAGUCUAGACUGUGUAU